AUGAAAGCUGAACGAUAUUUAUCAUCAACGGCUAUUGUUACUGCGGAAUUUCUCAAAGGAUUAAUUUGUAUUGUUCUUGUUUGGUUAGAAAAUGAUCGUUCAAUGAAUCGAUUACUUAGAGUACUGAAUGAUGAAAUCUAUGAUAAACCAUAUGAUACUUCUAAAUUAGCAAUACCAAGUGGAUUAUAUGCAAUCCAAAAUAAUCUUUUAUUUCUUGCAUUAUCUUAUUUAAAUGCGGCAACAUAUCAAGUAUCUUAUCAAUUAAAAAUUUUAACUACGGCUUUAUGUUCUGUAUUUAUGCUGAAAAAAACGAUAGAAAAACAUCAAUGGUUUUCUUUAUUUAUGCUUGCUAUUGGUGUUGCAUUUGUAACAUGGCCAUCACCAGAAGAAGUCCAGAAACGUUUGACAACACAAAAUCAAGCAACUUGGUUACAACAAUCAAUAGGUUUUGGUGCAGUAUUAUUGGCUUCAAUGACAUCCGGUUUUGCUGGAGUUUAUUUUGAAAGAAUCCUUAAAACUGGACCAACAUCAGUUUGGGUUAGAAAUAUUCAAUUAGCUUGUUUUGGAACAUUUUUCGGUCUGGUGAUUGUAUUUUGUUUUGAUUAUAAAGCUGUGAUGGAUAAAGGUUUCUUUCAAGGAUACUCAACAGUCGUAUGGAUUGUUAUUUUACUUCAAGCAAUUGGUGGUUUGAUAAUUGCCACUGUGAUCAAAUAUGCCGAUAAUAUUAUAAAAGGUUUUGCUACUUCUCUUUCGAUUCUUUUUUCAUCCGUUAUUUCAUACUUUAUUUUACAUGAUUUUACACCAUCAUUAUUUUUCUAUAUGGGAACAGUGUUUGUUUUAGCAGCGACAUUUCUUUAUGGAUGGGAAAAAAAUAAAGUGACAUUAUCUGUGAAUGAACAAGCGCGCAUUUAA